GCCUAUUCUUUUUCUGCAUUUAAGGUUAAUGCCACUGUUUUUUUUAUAUGUAUAUAUUUAUUGGUUAGUUUCAAAACAUAAGCUGAAUAACUCUUGCAUCUCUCUCCUUUGUACCACUCUCAUCUCAUUCUCACGUUCAAAACCUUUUUCUCAUCCUUCUUCCCAUGUCUUCUACAGAAUGGCCAGAAUUCGAAUCCACUACUUCCAGCAGAAAGGCUCUUGAAUGGUCUUUACGAACAGAAUCGGAACUUCAUGUGGGACGUCUGGAGGCAAAACUGGAGAGUAUCAAAAAGAAACAAAAUAGAGCUACAAAGCAUCGAUCUCAUGAUCUCCCACAGACUUCUCAAGAUCUGAUAGGAGAUCCAGAUGCGGAAGAAAUUCAAGCGGGUCAAGAAGAAGCCGAUGAAGGGUUAUGGCUCCUUUGGGAUAAUCAACCUUCACAAAAGACAUCCUCAUCAGCAAGAAGCCAAUCAGGGAUAUAUGGAUCGAACGCUAUUAGAGGUCCAUUUACAGAGCCAACUGCUUUUUCGGGCCGUAGAUCAGAACCUGACGAUGAAGAGACUCAAACUCAAGGUCAAGAUGAAGAGGAGGAUGAGGAUGAAAGAGAAGAAAGACUCGAGCUUGCCAAAGCACAAGCCAAGCAUGCGGAAGAAUACAUGGAUAAAGGCCGGGUGUGCUCAAGGACAUGUUGCAUUAUCUUAUAAG